CUGAGCUUGAAGCUCUAGACAAGUUGCAAUGAGAUUGUUGAAUGCACAAUGAGAGCUAUGCCUUCAUGACCCUUGUCUCACCUGCUGCACUACAGCACUGUUUAGUGCCAUUCUGACUUGCUACACAUGUGGCACGAGUAAAAUGGAGAGAGUGAGUGCUCACAACAGCAGCUUGUUGGGAGAGGUAGAUCAACUGACAUCCCAACUGAGAACAGAGCAAGCAAACAAUCUUCAGCUUGAAGAGAAAUUGCGUGCUUGCGAGGCUAUGCAAAAGACGAUUGCAGAGCUUGAACAAAGACUUGCUGAUCUUCACCAAGAGAAUGAAAUAUUGAAAACUGCUAAUGAACAGCUUCUCAACAGCCUUGAAGGGAGUGAUGCGGAUGAAAAUAAGUUGCACGAAGAGGCUGGGGCCCUCAAGUUGCAGAUUACACAGCUAGAAGCGAUUAUCAAGUCUGACAAUGAUGAAAAAGCAGUGCUUGAAAAAGAGUUAGCAGAAAGAAUUGAGCUGUACCGGAGUCUCCAGGAAGAACAUGGAAAUCUUGAGAAGGCUCAUGCAGAGGUAACAGCUAGGCUAGAAAAUGUUGAGAAGGACUUGCAGGACCUUCAGAAGGAGACACAUCGCGAGAGUUCAUCAACGGACAGAAUCAUCCAGCCUGAAAGUUCAGAAAAUGCUCUUAGGGCAUUGCUAAUAAAUGGCUUUAGUCCCUCUGGCCCUGCAAAUACCAAGCAGUGUCUUGACAAAGGAGUGCAAGCUACACUUCUGGAAAAUGGCUAUGAGGAAAUGACAAAAUUGAAGGAAGAUCAGCAACUGCUCAUAGAAAAAGAGCGGCUUCGUAUUGAAGAGCUGCAAAGUUUGCUGACAGAGAAAUCUAAAAAGAUUGAGGUUUUAGAAAAGAAUUUGGCCCGCAUUCCAACCAAGCAAGUCCAAGUUACCGAAGUUUGUGCGCCAAAUGAAGCAGAUGAUGAGCACUGCCUUAGUUUGGUAAGAAAAGGACAAAGUUUUUUGGAGAUACAUCUAAACAAGAUAACAUUUGUGGCAUUGCAAGAUACGCUUGAAGACAGUGCUCCUCCACCUGUCUUCGCAACAUGGACAUUUGCUGACUUUCAAUCACAAUCAACACCUGUUGCUACUGGAAAAUGCCCAGAAUUCAACUGCACUGCUCGCUAUGCUGUUGCUGUGGAUCGAACCUUUAUAGAUUACCUUCACAAGGACUCUGUCCAGAUUGAAGUUCAAGCUGUGCACGGUACUGACAUCCACAGCUUGGGCACCUGCCAGAUUGCUUUGAGGCCUGCACUGCAACAGCCGUUCAAGUGCAACUAUGCUCAAGCAGCACUCGUUGGGGUCCAAGAUGAGCAGCACAAGCACUUUGUUGGAACUUUGAGCUAUUGGGUUCGCUUUUUACCUGCUGCGGAUCCAGCCAGAAGACUGUUGGGUCUUUCAGUGCCAAUGUCCCCACGAAAAGAGUUGCCUCAUUCUGGACAUCAAAGCAGAAAGCAGAAUGGAGAGACAGCCAAUGCUAUGUACAAUGAACUUAAGGUCAACAUCAUUCGCUGCAUGGGGAUCUCAUCAAAACAAGGACACCUGCGGAAGAGCUUAUAUUGCUGUUAUCAACUGUGUGACUUUCCCGAGAAACAGACUGGGCUUUCUACUCCUGUCGCCAACAGUGUUGAUUUUCAUCAUAUUUGCACAUUUCCUAUCAAAACGGACAGCCAACUUCACAAACAGCUCCUUUCACAGAGCUUGGUACUAUUAUUGUUUGAAGAAGAAGAUACUGAGCCUGGUUCUCUUGUUGGAAAAGCGUCUGUGCCCUUGUCUCCACUGGCCAGGGGACAGGCAGUGCAAGGGUCUUUUCUAUUAUUCAGUCCCUGGGGUGAAGAUGCCGGCUCAGUGGAAUUAGAAAUUACUUGGGAGCAUGAAUACAGUCCUCCAAGAAAGCCUGUACCUAGAGCGAGAUCGAGAAAUGAACUAGGUGUUCAUAAAUCAAAAAGAAUGCCAUCAGCUCAGCAUCGAGCUUCUGCAUCACGGCUCUUACAAACUACCAGAGAUAUGACAAAGGACCAGCAAAAUGCUUUGAGGCCACAAGAACCAGUUAUCAAUAAACGCAAAAAUAUUUUGCAGAGCUCACACUCACGAAAAGGAAGUCGAGAGAGAGGUGAACAUGCCGAGAGCAGCUCUCUGACAUCCGUGUCCAGUCUGUCACCUGCAAGUGGAAGUAAUAGUGCCUCAGCAGGUGUAAAAGCCAACAAAGUUCAGAGGCAAGAAGAUGGCAGCAGUGCAUCUGGUGUGAACAGCAACCUUACAGAAGAGAGUCAGAGUCUUGAAGAGUUCAGUAAUGGACAAGUAGUAGUUGUCAAAACAGCUGCAUUGAAGAGGAGUGACACAUUUAAGAUUUCAGAUGCUGCAGUUUUCUCAGUGAUUAACUUGGGAUUUUUGCCUGGUGCUGCAGUAUUGAAAAACAAGUCAGUCGAGAUGCUUUUUGUUGAGUUCCAAUUUCUCGACUGCUCCCCAGAAGAACUUGAAACACCAGUUGCCCUGCCAAAGCCAAAACCUCCGCAACGAAUUGCCUUCAACUUUAGAAAGGUUGUUCAUCUUGAUGCCAACCGCCAUCAGGAGAGGAGGGAAGGCCUGGCUUCAAUGAUGUCAUCUAAAAACCCUAAGAGUGCCAUCAUAAAAUUCACAGUGGUGAGUGAACCUUUAGGCAAGAACAAAGAUGCCGAGUGCCAAGAUGUUGGUAUCGCCAUAGUUGAUUUGAAACAGAUUGUAAAGUACGGCAAGGACAUUAUAGAAGAAGAUGUUGAUGUUCUUGACACAAGGAACAACAAAGUCAUCGGAAAACUGAAUGUUUCUAUCGAAAUACUUGCGGCACUGAAGCGCAUCCUGGCUGAGAGCGAGCAUACUUCUCAUAUGUCUUCAUAGCUUUAGCCAAAGAUUAAAAGCUUAUUGCUACUUACCACAGCAAUAUAUAUGAACGACCCCAUAGAGAAAGACAUUUUUUUGCCUUGAUGUGUUCCGGCCAAGCUCACAGGUAGAGCAAGUUUGUAAAUUUUGAUUUGAAAAAAAAAGCAUGAGGCAACAGCAAUAUUAGCAAAGCCAACAUAAAAGAGAUAGAUCACACUGGAAGUGUGCAGUUCACCUUAUCCAUGCAUUUCUACUACAUCGUAAAUAACUGAAGUAGGCUUGUGCCAUGUGGCUUGUCUCAUUUACUGCCUUAGACUCAAACUUGAAAGUGUGAAACAGUCAAUUGUUGGGUAGAGUUCAUGUCAAGCAUUCAUCUGUCAGCACCAACUUCUUUGCAGUGAACAGUUGCAGUGUGCUUGAGAAAGCAUGUGCACAUUUUGUAAAACAGAUGCACUUUACAUGAAUGUACAAAUGUACUAAUGCAUGUUAAGGGCAUGCUAAUAAAACCCAUAAUUAGUUGUGUAUAA